UGCUUAUUUAACGAAUUUAUCAUCAAACUUACAUUGAAAAAUAUGAAGGGAAGCAAUUUUAUUAUAAUUAUACAUUGAAUGGGUAUGCCUUAUCCUAACCUAUAAUUAAAGGUCUGCACUAAAUAAUUACCUGCACUACUUUAUACGUAAAGUUUUUACUACAAUCUUUUGAAUUUUUUAAAUUACACGAUUUAAGGUAGCAAAGAUUGAACGAGUCAGUAAAACACAUAUUUAUAAGUAGUGGUAUUUUAUUUUACGUUUGUACUAUACCUGCUAAAUCUCUGGAAAUUUAAAAAUGAAUUUAACAAUAGUUUCCACUAAACUACAACGGUGUAGUCGCUUUGUAUCAUUGAACAAACGAUCUAUUGCACGAUUUUCAAGUGAAUCCGAAGAGCCGAAUGUGCCCAGAAAUCCUUUACAGGAUGUUUACAGUGCAUCUCAACAAAAAGAAAAUGGUGUAAUGUAUGAUAAAAAGCCAUUUAAAUUGCGCUUAGAAGCUGGAAAGAAUUAUUCCUGGUGUCUUUGUGGACAGAGUAAAAGUCAACCGCUGUGUGAUGGAACACAUAAAAAUGUUUUUUUAAAAAUUAAUCUUAAACCAAUACGCUUUGUAGUUCCCGAGACAAAAGAAUAUUGGCUCUGUAACUGUAAGCAAACUUUGAAUAGGCCAUUUUGCGACGGUACCCAUAAACGACCAGAUAUACAGGAAUUAAAAAGAUAAUUUUUAUUUAGAUCUGUGUUUUCUAAGAAUUUAUACUUGUAGAAUAUAAAUAAAUAAAUUCCUCAAUUUUUGUUAUCAAAAAUUAUAACAAUUAAAA